UGGUGGAACCAGUGAUACUCGACGGCGAUCUCGACGGGUCCGAGGAACUCCUCCUCCGGCCAACGCCCAAAAAUGGCGACCGCUCGUGGCGGCUGAACUUCGACGGUUUUCAGUUGUCGGAGCACAAGGAGAAAAAGCCGCCUCGUAGCCUCCAUGACUGUCUUGGAGUUUUGGGUAAUUUGACUGCGCCUGUUGCUUUCCCAUUAUAUUCUGUUUCUGUUUGUUUAUUUUUUUGACGUUUUUUCUUUGGUGUCAAUCUCAAAUGGAAAUAUUCUGUCCUCGCUGUUGUUUGGUUCUUUCCUGUUGUGGUUAUAUUGGAUCAUCUUUCCACGAUAGGGGUUUUUUUUUUUGCGGCCUUGCAUUUGUGUGAAUCAAAUCUGUACGAACAUGUAUAGGAUAUGCUUUUAUUGUAGUUCUUCUUGAUUGGGGAAGAAAGGGUUAAUGGGUUUAGCCUAUUUUAAUGUCUUUUUGAUUGUUUGGAAGAAAUAUGGUUAAUAUCGGAGUAUCCUAGAAGUGAAAAAUUAGUGAGCUUUCUAGAAAUACCUGAAAAGCAGGUAAAGCGAAGGUUCAGAGUGGGUAUGAGAGGAAUACUUUGUGGAAGAAGGUGGGUAUUUGAUUAUUGGAGUCUGAGUAGCUUCAAGAUUGGAAGCUUUUUUGGAAUCUGCAAUCAAAUUGCUGUAUAAGUAUAUGGUCUUGCUUGAAGAUUGAGAUUUGUAAGUUCUCUUUUGUCUAGAGAAAUUCAUGCUUUGAGCAUCGGUUUGGCUAACUUUUCUUUUACAUAUCACUUUGCCACCAAUAUGUGUUGAGAAAAAUCAGAGGAAUGAAAGAAAGAAAAAACUUUUACUAGGUUCUUAAAGAUUUGAAGAAAAGAAAGGAAAAAUUGAAGAAGCAGAAUUUAAUAAGCCUACUAGUUGUGGUAUGCUCAAUGAGUAAAGAUUUUUGUUUUCUCGGAUUUAAUGAAAUUUGGUAUCAACUUAUAUCAUCCAAGAAGGGGAGUUGUUUUUGUGAACAUGUAUGUUUGAACUAAAACAACAGAUGCUAGUGUGGAAAAAUUUAAACAGCUAUGGCCCAAGGAUUGAAAACCCUUCCAGGAAGUGUAAUUGUAUCGAUUUCUUACACUGAUGAGAACAGCAGGACCAUCCCACUCUUCAGCUCCUGGUCCAGAAGAUGAUGUGGCUGAGUAUUAUCAGCAGCAGGUAGAAAUGCUGGAGGGCUUUAAUGAAAUGGAUGCCUUGGCAGAGCAUGGAUAUAUUCCUCGAAUGACAGAGGAGGAAAGGGAAAAGUUGGCUCGAAGUGAGACAACUGCCAUUAGAAUAUCAAAUAUUGCAAACAUGAUUCUUUUUGCUGCUAAGGUUUAUGCAUCCGUCAUGAGUGGUUCGUUGGCCAUCAUUGCCUCUACACUGGACUCACUUCUUGAUCUUCUUUCUGGCUUCAUUCUGUGGUUUACUGCAUUUUCCAUGCAAACACCGAACCCAUAUCAGUACCCCAUUGGAAAGAAACGUAUGCAGCCAUUGGGAAUCCUUGUUUUUGCUUCUGUUAUGGCAACUCUGGGACUGCAGAUAAUCUUGGAGUCAGUACGCACACUAUCAUCUGACGAAGCUGAAUUUGAUUUGACCAGAGAGCAAGAGCAAUGGGUAAUUGGCAUUAUGCUCUCAGUGACAUUGACAAAACUCAUUCUUGCUGUCUAUUGCCGCGCUUUCACUAACGAGAUUGUCAAAGCAUACGCCCAGGAUCACUUUUUUGAUGUUAUAACCAACAUUAUUGGCCUCAUUGCUGUACUCCUUGCCAAUUAUAUCAGCGAUUGGAUGGACCCAGUUGGAGCUAUCAUUCUGGCCUUGUACACCAUCCGCACAUGGACAUUAACUGUGUUAGAAAAUGUAAACUCCCUGGUUGGAAGAACAGCUGCACCAGAAUAUCUGCAGAAACUCACAUACCUCUGCUGGAACCACCACAAGGCCAUAAGGCACAUUGACACAGUCCGAGCCUACACGUUUGGGUCACACUACUUCGUUGAGGUUGACAUUGUCCUGCCUGCAAACAUGCCACUGCAAGAGGCUCAUGACAUUGGGGAAUCCUUGCAGGUGAAGCUCGAGCUCCUACCUGAGAUCGAGCGUGCCUUUGUCCAUCUUGAUUAUGAGUACAGUCACAAGCCCGAGCAUGCACAAACAUCCUCGUAGCUGGGAAGUCUCCCUGUUUCAUUCCUGUCAUUUUUCUCACGUUCCCACCCUAAAAUUCUUCUGAACGGCCAGCAGAAUUAAUGGGCGUGGGGACAUAUGAUUAGCAAGGGUCAUAUGCGAAUGCGUCUGUAUGUAUCGAAUAUAUGCAGAAGAUACAUUCCACUUGGUGCUGACCAACAGAUUAGUACGUUAAUGGAGUUGUGUGCUUUACUUUGUGAAACAA